AAUCCGUAAGCGACACCUAUUCCCGCUAAAUUUUGUCAACAGAAAUGCCGUUAUUUUGAUCUAUUUACUAUAUUUUCAAGGAUAUUUUUCCAGAAAAUAUUGCAGCAAGGCUGCAGAAGAAUAUUUUGCAAAGAUGCCCGGCUAUCUAAAAUUCAUUGAUGUGGAUAAUUUCAAGUCUUACAAAGGUCAACAACGCAUCGGGCCUUUCAAGCCGUUCACUGCCAUUAUUGGACCGAAUGGUUCAGGAAAAUCAAACUUGAUGGAUGCUAUAAGUUUUGUACUUGGUGAAAAAACGUCUAAUUUGAGAGCCAAGAAACUGAAUUCGUUGAUUCAUGGAGCACCAAUAGGACAGCCAGCUUCAAACAAGGCCUCCGUUUCAGCUGUUUACGUGGAUACCGAGUCUGACGAAGAGAUAGUGUUUACACGUACAAUUCACAGUAACGCAUCAGAUCAUAAAGUUAACGGACAGAGUGUAUCUGCAAACCAAUAUGCUGCAGAACUGGAGAAAAUUGGAGUUUUGGUUAAAUCUAAGAAUUUUCUGGUGUUUCAAGGAACUGUGGAAAGCAUUGCCAUGAAAAAUGCUAAAGAAAGAACGGCCAUGUUUGAGGAAAUAAGCAGAUCUGGUGAAUUAAAAGAUGAAUAUGAUAGAACUAAAGCUGAAAUGUUGAAAGCUGAAGAAGAUACCCAGUUUAAUUAUUUCAAAAAGAAAGGUAUUGCUGCUGAAAGAAAGGAAGCAAAAAUGGAGAAAGAUGAAGCUGAACGCUAUCAGAGACUCAAGGAACAAUUGUGUGAGAAAGAGUUGGAACUACAGUUGUUCCGUUUGUAUCAUAAUGAGAGAGAAAUAGAUGAAAUUAACGAAGAAUUGGGCAAAAAAAAUACAAUGUUAGAAAAAGAGAAUAGAAAGAGAGAUCGUAUCGAAGAUGAAGUUAAAGAGAAGAAAAAGGAACAGGGCAAGUUAACGAGGGAACUGACAAAAAUAGAUCAAAAUGUUAAGGAGAUGGAAGUUGAAAUGAACAAGAAGAGACCAUUAUAUAUUAAAGCUAAAGAAAAGACAGCACAUAUGAUCAAAAAACUUGAGGGUGCUAAAAAAUCUUUGAAACAAGCCAGAAAAACUCACGAUAAUCAUGAAGAAGAGAUUGAAACGUUAGAGAAGGAAUUGGGUGAUAUCGAAAGAAAAAGAUUAGAAUUUGAAGAGAAAAUAGAAGAAGAAUCUCAGUCACAAGGUCGAUCUUUACAACUUGAGGAAUCACAGGUAACGGAAUAUCAACGCUUGAAAGAAAAAGCUGGGAAAUUAUCAGCUCGAUAUCUACAAGAGUUAGAAUCUAUAAAUCGUGAACAAAAGACAGAUCAGGAUAAAUAUGAUAACGAAGUGAGGAAGAAGAACGAAAUAGUUGCAAAAUUAAAACAAAAGGAACAUGAAAAAGAAGAGAAUUUGAAGAGAGUGGACAAAUUGAAUGAAUAUAUUAGAACUAGUACACAAGCUGUAGCAGAACAGAAGAAAAUAGAGGAAGAGUUAGGCUACGAUGUAGAAACAGCCAACCUACGUAUUUCUGAAAUAAAUGUUGAACUGGGUUCUGUUAUAGAACAACUUGGAGAAGCUAAGGUUGAUAAGCACGAGUCGGCUCGAGCCAUGAAAAAAGCUGAAUUACUGGAUAACUUGAAGAGACUUUUCCCGGGAGUGCAUGGUCGUCUGAUAGAUUUAUGUGAACCCAGUCAUAAGAAAUAUCAAGUUGCUAUAACCAAAGUAUUGGGUAAAUAUAUGGACGCCAUCGUCUGUGACACGGAGAAAACAGCUAAAGAUUGUAUUCAGUAUAUGAAAGAACAGAGAAUUGAACCUGAGACAUUUUUACCUCUUGAUUAUCUUGACGUUAAACAAGUUAACGAAAAACUCAGAGAUAUCCGUGAACCUAAGAACGUGAAGUUAGUUAUAGAUGUUAUACGAUAUGAUCCACCUGUUAUAAAGAAGGCGUUAUUAUUUGCCUGUGGUAAUGCUCUAGUAUGUGAAACUGUUGAAGAUGCCAGAAGAGUGGCUUUUGGUGGACAUGAAAGACAUAAGUCUGUAGCUCUAGAUGGUACACUCUUUCAAAAAUCAGGUGUCAUAUCUGGUGGUGCUAGUGAUUUGAAGGCCAAGGCUAGAAGAUGGGAUUCGAAGAUGUUGACACAACUAAAGACGAAGAAAGAGAAGUUAAGUGAGGAAUUAAAGGAACAGUUGAAGAAGAAGAGAAAGGAAUCGGAGUUAAAUACAAUUAGAUCACAGAUUAAAGGAUUAGAAACAAGAUUAAAAUAUUCUAUCACUGACAGAGAUAAUACUUUGAACAAACAUCUGAAUCAGAAUGAGAAAGAUUUAAAUCAAUAUAAUGAAAUGAUGGUAUCAUUUGAUCCUCAAAUGUUAGAAAUUGAUCAGAUUAUGAACGAAAGAGGAGAUAAAAUUAAAAUAUUGAAGGAUAAAAUGAAUCGAGUUGAAGAUGAAGUUUUCUCUGAUUUUUGUCAACUUAUUGGUGUCGCUAAUAUCAGACAAUAUGAGGAAAGAGAAUUAAGAGUUCAACAAGACAGAGCCAAGAAACGAUUGGAAUUUGAAAACCAAAAAUUCCGUCUCCAGAAUCAAAUUGAAUUUGAAAAAUCUCGGGAUACAUGGGAGAAUGUUUGUAAAUGGGAGAAAACUGUCCAAGAUGAUGAAAAAGAAUUAGAAAAAGUUAAGAAAGAAGAAGCUAAACAUAUGAAGGUUUUGGAUGAAGACAUGCAAAAUACAGAACGCUUAAAACAACAGAAAAUAACAACAAAAUCUCAGAACGAUGAUAUCGAUGGUACUAUCAGUGAAAUCAGAAAACGUCUGGGUGUUCAAAUCAAAGAAAUAGCAGCUACACAGAAGGGUAUAAAUGGUCUAGAAACUAAACUGGAACAACGUAGAGCUGAUCGACACAGUCUACUAAAAACCUGCAAGAUGGAUGAUAUACGUUUACCGAUGAAGAGAGGACAUAUGGAUGAUAUUACCCAGGAGAAUGAACCAUCAAGUCACGCUGAUAGCGAAACCCCAGUUGAUAGUAUGUCCAGUCAGGGAGCUAAAGCUAUUUAUCAAAAAGAGGCUCAGAUUGUUAUAGAUUAUAGUUCAUUAACAGACGAUUAUAAAGAUUUGGAUCAUAAUGAUGAUGUUAAAAAAGUUUUAGAUACGUUAAUGAAAGCGUGUUCUGAUAUGCAUACAACAAUACAGAGAAUAAACGCACCUAAUAUGAAAGCAAAUGAAAAAUUAGAUGUUGUCCGGUUUAGAUUUAACGAAACAUCGGAAGAAUUUGAAACGGCAAGGAAGAGAGCCAAGAGAGCAAAACAAACGUUUGAAAAAAUUCGUAAAGAAAGAUACGAUCGAUUUAUGAAAUGUUUUGAACAUGUUUCAAAUCAGAUUGAUGAUGUCUAUAAGAAUUUAUCUAGAAAUCAGAGUGCUCAAGCUUUAUUAGGUCCUGAAAAUCCAGAAGAACCAUAUUUAGAUGGUAUAAAUUAUAAUUGUGUGGCUCCAGGUAAACGUUUCCGACCCAUGGAUAAUUUAUCUGGUGGUGAAAAGACUGUUGCUGCUCUGGCUCUGUUAUUCUCUAUACAGAGUUAUCAACCAGCACCAUUUUUUGUAUUAGAUGAGAUUGAUGCUGCUUUAGAUAAUACCAAUAUAGGCAAGGUAGCAGCGUACAUUCGUGAACAAUCCAAUAAAAGUUUUCAGUGUAUUGUUAUUUCUUUAAAAGAAGAGUUUUAUAAUCGUGGUGACGCAUUAAUUGGCAUUUAUCCCGAGAUUGGUGAUUGUAUUAUUAGUAACGUUCUCACGUUAGAUUUAACGGAAUAUCCUGAUCCUUAUAAACAAGAAGAAAGUCAACGAUAUAUCCGUUAAAAUAUGUCUACCACCAUCAUCAUCAUCAUCAUCAUCAUUAUCAUCAUCAUCUACACCUUUAUUUAAUAUAAACUUUUCUUACAUUGUGUUUUAUGUUCAUUGUCCUUCAUUACGAUAACUUGAAUCUCGUAAAGUUUAUUUUAACUUUCAAUCUUGAUAUUAAUCAAUAGCAAUUUGAUUAAAAUACAGAUCUAUAUUUCGUUUCGUUUUUUAUACUUUUGAUGGCCUACACUACAUGAAGACAUGACAAGUUAUAGCCAUAGGUCACGUCAGGGUCAGUCAAAAGACCGACUUAUGACCUAUGACGUCAGACAUUUGAUUAACCAAUCAACAUUGAUGUUACUAGUGGAUUACCCACAGUUCCGUGCAAAACCCGCCUAAAGGUCGCCGUAACAGACCGUUUCAUUGGCUUAUCCCUGACACCAUUCAGAACAUGAGUUAAAUAACAACUCUUCCAGAUCCAAGUGUAGUAAACCCAAGUAAAACGAAAUUUUGAACUAUAAAAACGAAACGAAAUAGGAUCUGUUUUAACCAGAUUGAAUCAAUAGUAGUUUUCCUUCAAUUUUUGUUUAUAUUUAUGCAAUCUGAUUAAAACACAGAUAUUUUGUUUCGUUUUUUUUGUUUUAUACUUUUGAUGGCCUCUACUACAUGAAGAUCUGACCGGUUGUUGUGGAAGGUAUCGUCAGGGAUCGUACGAGUGGCCUUUGAUCCGAUGAUGUCAGAUAUUUGAUUAAUCAAUCAGCGUUAAUGUUUCUAGUUGGAUAUUCACAGUUCUGUGCACUUUACGCCAAGAACUCCCUGUAACAGACCGUUUCAUUGGCCAAUCCCGUACAUCAUUCAGAACGCGAGUUAUAUAACACCUUCUCCAGAUCCUAGUGUAGUGAAGACAAAUAAAACAAAAUUUUGAACUAUAAAAAACGAAACGAAACAAAAUAGGAUAUGUGAUUUAAUCAGAUUGAUAUUUGUGCUAAUGAUGUCACCUUCGUUAGCCAAUCAACAGAUACUUGACAUUGGGAACAAUUAUUUUAACCAAUCAAAACCACUGAUAUUAAGCUUUAAAAAGAACAGAUAAUUGAUAAAGAAGUAGUUAGAUUUCCUAGCCAUGUACUUUUCAUUUCAGUUUCGUUUUAAUAUAAACUAAAAUGAGGUCUAACAACAUCUAUUACAAGUUUGUGUUUAAUUGACCUUUCUCCUUUCAAAUGAACAGAAUAAAGAUUUGAACCAAUUGUAGUGACACAAAGGGGAUGAUCGAUUGUUAGUCCAGAACGUUCCGAAUUGACAGAAUUGCAAUCAAGUGAUGCGGAAUUCAGUCCUGUCACAGUUCUGUCAUUUCCGGCAACGGAUGUGGCGUGAGUAGAAUCGUGACGUAAUUAAACCUAAUGAAUAUGUUUUAGCUGACAUGGUUGGUUGAGAUAUUUUCUCAUGCAGUCAGCGCAUGCGUUCUAGCCCAAAAUCCCAUUUUCACUCGAUUGUCGCUAUUUUGGGGUUUGACUGACUUCAAUUCCGGAACGUUCAAUCGAGCAUCCCCAAGAAGAACAGAGAUUUGAUAAAGGAUGUAGUUAGAUCCUCAUGUAGUGUAGACUGUAGACCAACCCAGAUUAAAACCAAAUUAAAAAUCAAAUUUUAGUUACUAUGGAAACAGUUACAAUGAAUUUUACUACAUUUAAGUUUGUCGUAAAGUAAAGCCCUGGCCCCAAGUUCACAAUGCAUUCUCAGAUUUAAGUGAAGAAUUUACUUAACUUUGCAAUAAUUUCUUAUUGAUGUAUUUGAUACAUUAAAACAACAAACGUUUUAUAAAGGGCUAUAUUUUAGUUAAAAUAAGGCAAACAAUUUUUAGUAAAUUCUUAACUUAAGUCUGAGAAUGCUUGGUGAAAUGGGGGCCUGGUUACAUUGCAUGAUGUAUUCUCUUAAUGUUGUUUAACAAUAAUAGGUUAUAUUCCCAUUUAUAGUUUUAUGGACAAUGAUGCAUGAAUUUGAGGUAAUUGCUUAAAACUUUUUAAAGGUAAUGUCUCACUUUUAUCAAUGUUGCCAAAAGUUUUAGCAUUUUUUAGCAAUAUUUAAAUGUAAGCAUUAAUUCCUUGUUCAUUGUCUUCAUCAUAUGAUCACAACAUCAUUGUAUCAUUUGAUAGUGUUCAAUAUUUUAUUAAUGACAUUGUAAUUAGUCCAUUUAAUAUUUUACUAAUUAGGUCAUUUCUUCUAGGGAGAGGCUAUUUUUAGGCAGGUGGGGGGAGGUUGGAAAUUUGCCUCAAGGGGUUUCGCGUUAGGGGUAGGCAUAGGUAACCAUAACACAAACACUCAUCCAGAAUUCCCCAUUGAUAAAUUAUCCAUAUUUAUCCACAAUUCCCCAUU